AUGAGCAAAGUAUUCGACGCGGCAGAAGUCGCCAAGCACAAUUCAGCUGAAAGCUGCUGGGUGGUUUUGUAUGGAAAGGUUUACGAUGUCACCGACUUCAUGUCCAGCCACCCCGGUGGUGUCAAGGCCAUCCUCAGGCUCGCCGGUGCCGAUGCCACUGAAGAAUACGACCCAAUCCACCCACCAGGCACUCUAGAAGAAAACCUCAAGCCCGAGGCGCUCCUGGGCACCAUUGACCCAAAGACACUGCCAAAGCCCACCGCCGACGAGCAGUCCCAAGGCGAAUCAGAGGGACCGCCGCCCAUGGAAGCCCUCUUCAACUUGGACGAAAUUGAACAGGUCGCUACCAAGCAGGUCAGCCGAAAAGCAUGGGCUUAUUACUAUUCUGCGUCGGACGAUCUGACUACGAAACGCUUUAACACUGAAGUUUACCGCUCCAUCCUCCUUCGACCCCGGGUGUUCAUCGACGUUGCCAAAUGCGAUCUUUCUACAUCUGUGGUCGGGCACAAAAUCGGGCUACCGAUAUUUGUAGCACCAGCUGCCAUGGCCCGCCUGGGCCAUCCGGCAGGUGAAGCUGGCAUUGCUGAAGCUUGUCGCAGCUUCGGCGCCAUGCAGGUCAUUUCAAACAACGCGUCAAUGUCGCCAGAGCAAAUUGUGGAGAAUGCCGCCUCGGAUCAGGUUUUUGGCUGGCAAUUAUAUGUCCAGGUGGACCGAAAGAAGAGUGAAGCGAUGCUGGCUCGCAUUAAUAAAUUGAAGGCUAUUAAAUACAUCGUGUUAACCCUCGAUGCGCCAGUGCCGGGAAAACGGGAAGACGAUCUACGGAGUGACAGCACAGCUAGCAAGCUGCCAGUCAGCUCCAGCGCAGUCGCCAAAAAAGAAGAGGCUGCCGACACUCUACCAGACGGAACACCUGUGCCCAAGGAGGGAGGUGGUGGUGUCGGAGCGCAAUUAUUUGCCGGAACAGAAUGCUCACUCACAUGGAAGGAAACUCUUCCUUGGCUUGCCAAACACACGGACUUGCCAAUCAUCCUCAAGGGCCUGCAAGCACACGAGGAUGCCUAUCUCGCUUCACAACAUACACCCCAGGUCAAGGGAAUCAUCCUGUCGAACCACGGCGGGCGCGCGCUAGACACUGCCCCACCGGCUAUAAACACAUUACUCGAGAUUCGGAAGUACUGCCCUGAGGUUCUUGAGAAGUUAGAAGUCUGGGUCGAUGGUGGUGUUCGACGAGGCACCGACGUUGUCAAGGCUUUGUGCCUAGGCGCAAAGGCUGUCGGUAUCGGCCGACCUGCACUAUGGGGAUUGGGUGCUGGAGGCGUUGCCGGUGUGCAGAGAACGCUCGAAAUUUUGGCCGACGAAACGAGAACCUGUAUGCAAUUAUUAGGUGUCGAAAAGGUGGAAGAUCUUGGUCCUCAACAUAUCAAUACUCGAAUCGUCGAACAGCAGAUCUACGAUGGACCGUCGCAACUGGGCGGCCUAGUGUCGCAGCUGCGCGCCAAAUUAUGA